AUGGUUCAGCCACAAUUAGUUGCUAGUGGAAGAUAUGACCCCAAUUCACGUUGUUUUUCCUAUGUUCCUGCCAAAUCAUUAAAAGAGCAUUAUAAAGCUCCAAAAAAGCCAUCACUUAAAAGACGUACUUCAGUUAUAGAACCUGCAGAUUUAGAAGUUAGCCCUUUGGAAGCAAAGAUGGCACUAGAGAAUUUUGGACUACAAAGUUGUAGUUCUGAGACAUAUCGAAAAACAGAAACACCUAAAUGGGAAGCAGAAAUUGACAAAUUAACCGGUGGGAAAAUUGAACAUCGCCCUAGAAGAGCGAGUACUGCUGGAACGCCUGUUGGCCAUAUCCAGCAUGAUUUUGUACGUUCUCCUUCUGCUGCCCAACAAACCCGUUCUUCCAGAAAUGACUGGAAUUACCCCCAACAACAACCUCAAAAACAACCUCAACAUUGGAAUUGGCCAACACCAAAAACUUCAAAUUAUCAAAAACCAAACGGGGAAAUAUCAAAUAAAUGGCCAAACGAAUCCUUAACAACACAAAGGUUAUCUAGGGCACAAAUGCCCCAUAGAGAUAAUUACAAUACAAUGACUACAUCAAUGCCUUCCUCUACAAUACCUUUUACUGAACAACCUAUAGUUUUUGAACAAGCUAAAAGAGCAACCCCAACACUUUUACAACAACAACAGUCAACAGGUACACGUCGUCGUCCAAUACCCGGUGUUCGUCCAUCUCCGCGUCGAAGUGAAAUGGAUGCUUUGUGUGACCCAGAAUUUUAUCUUUCGUAUUCAACACCAACAGCCUCACCUAUUCUUAAUAAAAAAUAUCCUUUGAAGGAAAAAAAUAUUGAGAGAAAUCUCUCAAAAUCUGUUCCCGAUGGAAAAGAAUUUAAUCAAAUGGCUAAAAAGUACAAAUUUGAUUUUUUGGAUCUGGUCUAGUUUAUGAGUCUUAUGAAGGAUGUUGAGUUUUAUACGUAGUUUUGUUGCCGUGGAAAUUCUUGGGACUCUAUUUAUAGGCUCCCUGGGUUGCCCAGGUUGACUAAGUAUAAGGGGUUCUCUUUCGCUGAAAUCGUAUUGUUUGGUGUUUCAAUUUUCGUCCUCUUUUUAAGAUCAGAUUGGCAUCCCCUG